UCGACGCGGUCGGUUUCGUCCUGCUGGUUCGAUCCUGGGCGGGCACACUCGGUGUAAAGUGGUAGUUUUUUUUUGUGUUUUUGCUCUCUCAUGUGCCAAACUGGAUUUGUUCGAGUUGUGGAGUAUUUGUUGGCAGAAUCCGUGGAUUAACAACCACCACCAGAGCAGCAUCCCGGAAGGACCCCCGCAAUCCCAAAAGAAAGGAUGAAAUUGCGCGCCAACAACAGCAGCAACAACAACAACACCAGUUGCAGCAUGGUCCACGCGGACCGGGCCUCGAUCCGGUCGGUCAGCUCCGAGGACGUCAGCUCGCUGGCCAUGGGCCAUGAUGGUGGGGGUGGUGGUGGCGGGGGUUGCUGCAGUGCCGAGGCCAAGAAUCCGGCGUUUAAGCGUGGAAGGAGGAUCCAGCUGAUGCAGAUGAUUGUGCUGCCGUUUAUUCCGAUCUUGGCGUUGAUCGUGCAGACUUCGUACGAGAUGAUCGAUAUUGUGAGCUAUAGGAUGGAGGCGACGGAGAUUGAGAGUCAGGUCACAAUGGCGACGGAUUUGGGGAAGGUCGUGACUCGGUUACAGCAGGAACGGUCCGAGGUGGCGUUCUUCAUCUACACGAAUGGAAGUACGUUGAGGAGGAAUUUGACGAAGGGAUUUCUGGAGACGGAUCGUGCGCUGGAGAACAUGUCUUCGUGGCCGGAUUUGACGUUUAUGGUGGUGAUUGAUGGGCCGGGAUCGAAGGCCACGUGGUUGAACAUGAGCGAAUUUCGGGAGGAGUUGGUCGAGUUUCGGGACAAUAUCUGCUCGGAGAACAGCACCGUCCGGGACGUUCUGCACUGGUACACGACGGUCAACAUGGCGCUGCUGGAACAUCUGACGAACCAGAUCAAGGACGCCAACAAGAGCGGAGUCUGGCGGUUCCUCGUCAGCUUCAAGAACAUGCUGAAGAGCAUCGAAAGCAUCGACAUCUCAUCGGUCUACGGCAUCAACUACUUCGGUCGUGGCUUUCUCCGGACGGAACCCUACGUCAGAUACAUCCAGCACGACAUUGUGGGGAAGGAACUGCUCAACAGCUCGCUGAACUACAUCCCAAAGCUGAAGGCAAUGUACAAAAAUCUCACGACGGGGAUGCCCGAUUACGGCCGGAUUCGCCAGUGGAGUGACACGAUCCGACGCAACGAAAUCAUCUCGGCGAACGUCACCACCGCCCGAGAGUACUACGAAACAAUGGCCAUGUACAUCGACGAACUGCGCAAGCUCCAGGACAAGGUCCGGUGGACCAUCCGAGACGAAGUCCAGAAGGUCCUAACCAAGGCGAAUCGCAUGGAAACGUUCGGCAUCGCCAUCCUCAUCGUGGUGCUCAUAGUCUCGCCCAUCAUAAUCCUCCUGGUGCGCAAAGCCGUCGCCACCAUCCAGAUGUACGCGGUCAAUCUGGCCCACAAGGCACGCGAGCUGAAGCGUGAAAAGCGCAAAUCGGACUCGCUGCUGUUCCAGAUGCUACCGCCGACGGUGGCCACCCAGCUGAAGCAGGCCCAAACGGUGCCGGCGGAGUACUACUCGGCGGUGACGAUCUUCUUCAGCGAUAUCGUCGGCUUCACCGAGAUUGCGGCCGAGUGCACGCCGUUGGAGGUCGUUUCCUUCCUGAACGCCAUCUACCGGAUGUUUGACGAGCGCAUCGAGUGCUACGACGUGUACAAAAUCGAAACCAUCGGCGACUCGUACAUGGUGGCGUCGGGUCUGCCGGUGAAAAUGCAGGAGCCGGGCCGGGCUUCUUUGAUCUGGACUCUGGUGCCUAAUUUGGUUCUACUUCCAGGAAACAAACACGUGGCCGAAAUUGCGACGAUGGCGCUGGACCUGCUGGACGCGUCCGGUUGUUUCAGCAUUCCGCACAACGCCAACGAACCGGUUCAGAUACGAGUAGGGAUUCACACGGGGCCGGUGGUGGCCGGAAUCGUUGGAACCAAAAUGCCACGGUACUGCCUAUUUGGCGACACGGUUAAUACUGCUUCCCGGAUGGAGUCGACCGGUGAAGCUCUGAAAAUUCACAUUUCGGCCGAAAUGAACGAAGCACUGGUCCGAGUUGGCGGGUUUAAAACCGAGCACCGGGGUUUGAUUGACGUCAAGGGAAAGGGCCUAAUGGACACUUACUGGUUAACCUGCAAGGACGGAGCGUCCCCGAAUAACCACGGUGAAGUGGCUUGGUAUGCUGACAUCCAACCCGUUUACCUGAAGAUUGUCUAGACGUUGAGUUGAAGUCUGCUGACAAAAUAAUAAGGUUUCGUUCUUAAAUGUGUGCUGUGUAAUUAAAUACUCUGGGUAUAUUCAUUGUCAUGUUGUUACUCAAAUCUGUGGUCUUUAGCUGUAGAAAAAUAUAUUUACAACGUAUUUAGCAAAUAGUAAACAUUAAACCAAAGAAUUAUAACAAGAACUAAACAAAGUUAAGCCCUGCAUGUUUAAAUGUAAAUGAAUAAAACAAAUUACA